AUGGCCGACUCGGCGCCUUCGGAGGUGCCUCCGCAGAAGUUCUCUCGCUAUCGCAGCGUGCGACGGGCGCAGGCACAGCAAGCCGCUCUGCACCAAAACCCCGUUGAGACGCCGGCCAUCCCAGCUAUGCCUCCGAUCCCAAUGGACGUCCCCAAUGCUGCUCCCGUGAGCAGAAGCAUGUCGCGCUACCACCGCCGACCUACAACAUCUCAUGCUUCCCCCGCAAAAGCUCCACCAUUGCGCACCGCGACUGUCGAUGUUCCUGCCCAACCUGUGCCAACACAGAAUUCAAGCUCGUCCCGCAAUCGCGCCCUGAGCUCUCCGUACACGCGAGCUGGUCCCAAUGUCUCACCGCGAGUCCCAAACACGUCGCGCGCGCGAGCUGAUGCUGCGCCAAUGCCCACUGCCGACGCUCAACCCAAGACGGCGCGCGAUGAGGCCAAGCAGCCCAUGCAGGACGAAGCGGAGCGGCAGAAGCGCAUGAGGGAGAAGAUUGAGGCCGAGAAACGCACCAAACGAAAAGCUGAGCAGGCGGAAGAGGAGCGUCAGGAGCAGCAGCGUAGAGAGGCAGAAGAAGCGGAGCGUCUCAGGUUGCAAGAGGAGGCGGAAGCGGAAGAACAGCUGCGGCGACAUAAGGAAGAGAAGGAGCGCGGCAAGAGGUUACAAAAGGCGGAAAGUACCAAGCGAUUGCAGGAAAGGGAGGAGGCAGAGCGGAGAGCACGCAUUGAGGAGGCUGCGCGCAACGCUCCAAUAUCCCCACCAACAUCACCGCCGCGACAGGGUGGGCGCUUCGGUAUCUUCAGUCGUCGCAGAGACAACUCUGCAGCGUCUCAAAGUCCACCAAAUACUGCCAGACCUUCUCAUACAAGUCAUGAAAGUAGGGAUAUGGAGAACAUCAAAGCUGGAGGAGGAGGCGCAGUUUUGGGUAUUGAUGCGCCAAUUUCUGCUGUCAAUGCUGGUGACCGACGAGUGUCCAUUCUUUGCAACAAAAAGACUUUCCUUCUUCCUAUCACCCCAGAAACAACAGCCCAAGACCUUCUCAGAUCUGCGUCCAUCGUUAUGACCGAGAAGAUCGAUUUACACGCUGAUAUUCUGCUCGAGAACUUCACAAAAGUCAGCGUACAACGCCCUCUACGGAUGUACGAACAUGUACGGGAUGUCAUGAACUCAUGGGACCAUGAUACCCAGAACGAUCUCGAAAUUAUCAAUGCUGCCUAUACUGGUCACGAUCGGGGGUUCUUACUUUCAUCACAAGUGCCCGAUGAUAAACCCGAGGGCAUGAGCUGCUUCAUAUACUAUUCCUCAAGGCCUGGCAAGUGGAAUAAGAAGUACGUCACUCUGCGUACUGAUGGUCAACUUGUCAUGGCGAAGAACGAGACUUCUAAGGACCAAGACAACAUCUGCCAUAUGUCAGACUUCGACAUCUAUAGGCCUACGGAGCGAAAGCAGAAGAAGAUAAAGCCGCCCAAAAGCUUCUGCUACGCCGUAAAGAGCCAACAGAAGUCUAAUAUCUUCUCGGACGAGUCCCGCUAUGUUCACUUCUUUUGCACUAGUGACAAUGGCACUUCGGUCAAGUUCUACAGUAUGCUCCAUACUUGGAGAAGUUGGCACCUGAAACACGUUAUGGGCGAAGGUCUGAAGAAAUCGAAAUCUCUGGAGACGAAACCGGCAAAUGCUUUCCUGGCGAAGACCCAGGCACUAGGGAGCCUCGACCAAGGCCCUACAACGUCUCACCGCCGCAACGCGUCCGAGAAUUCGUUCUAUCAGCUGGGAUCCUUCAAACCGCUCUUCGAACCUGACCAAUUUGGCAAGGGCUUGGAUCAACCUGCUUACCAGUCUGCAGCUCCGGAAGCACCCCUUAGUAGGAUGAAUACAAGAGCUAUGCACGCAAGAAAGAUGUCGACUAGGCAGAAAGCCCCGCCGCCAAUCGCGUACAAUCGAAGCGGUUUGGUUGAUGAGAUUCCCGAUAUGCCUGUGGUGGAAAGUACCAAUCCGCUCACGCAGACCCCAGCGAGGGUAGUUGACGAGGAAACCUUCGCUGCCGGCGGUUUGCUUGGAAGGAAGUAUUCUCAACGGCAAAGAGCCGUGCAGGAACGUGAAGCUCAAACCAACGGAGCCUUCACCGCCGGACCUUCCCUCGUAGGCAAUAUUGAUGCCAUGGCAGCAGCACAGCUUGCUGGAGGAAACGAUAGUGGUCUCGGACGUAGGUCGUCCGUCCGCAGCAACCAUCUAAGAACUUCGAGCGACAUCCAACGCAGUACUUCUACCAGGAUCAAGCCGAGACCGCUCGUCGAUCUGACGCCGCAAUACGUGGAACCCCCUCAACAUCGAAACAAAGGCAAAGGGUUUAUACCAGAGGGAGGCACCGGACCACUUAUUGAUAAUGCAACCUCUGUCGAAGAAGCAAUCCAGGUCCCGCCCUCGACAGACUGGCGUGCGGGGGCCCGCCCGAUGACUGCCCGCGCACAUGGCACCUACGGCACCGGCGGCCACGAACGCACACGCUCGCUCAAAGGUCGUGGUGAAGGUCUCGCAGCGUACACGGUAAACAACCAUACUGCCGGCAUCAACGACGAUAGCCAAGCCUUCACCGGCGGUCUUCUCGCGCGUGCAGGCUUCAGCCAAGGAGCCCAGCCAGUGGGCCAUGGCGUUAUGGAUGGAUCUAGAGCAAGAGGCCCGAUGCUGGACAUGAACGAGCCCUCUCAAUUUGCAUCUGGGAGUCUUCUUGCGGGCGUGCAGCGGAAACAAACGGUCAAGGGACCGGUGGACAAGCGGCAGAGCGUGGACAUGGGAUGA